UGGUUUGUCAUUGAAGUGUCCGAGUCUUUCAACUUUGAUAUUAUCGGAUAAUCAUAUAUCGGAGAUUCCAAAAUCCUUUUUUGAAGAUAUGGGCACACUCAAGGUUCUUGAUCUUUCUCGAACUGAUAUUGAGACUUUACCUGAUUCCAUCUGUGACUUGGAGAAUCUCUCUGUGUUGCGGUUGAGGGGGUGCCAGAGGUUAAAGUGCCUGCCUUUCUUAGGGAAGCUUAGAGCACUGAAGAAGUUGGAUCUGCGAGGUGCAGGAAUAGAGGUGGUCCCUCAAGGCAUGGAGAUAUUGGAAAGUCUUGAAUAUCUUAAUUUAUUUUGUAGAGAUUUGAAAGACAUUCCAACAGGAAUAUUGGCUAAACUUUCUAGUCUACAGUACUUGGCAGUAUGUUAUUUGGGAGAAACUAGUAUAAAGAUAGAUUUAGAAGAGGUUGCGAGAUUGAAAAAGUUGGAGAUUUUAGAAUGUCGACUUGAUGGUCUACAUGAGUUGAAUUCUUUUGUGAGUGAGUUCAAAAAUUUCCAAAGUCUUACAGCUUAUGGGCUUGUUGUGGGUUAUGGGCUUAGCAAUUAUAUGCAACACGAUACAGAUGAAAAAUUUUCAUAUGAAUGGAGUGCUCUUAGAAGUUUUCUUCAAAUUAAACGUCGGCUUGAAAUUAAUCAGCUGAAGAUAGAUGGAGAAUGUAUGGUGGUGCUUCCAGAUAACCUUGAGGAUUUGUGGAUUGAAUACAUGCAAAACAUGACAAGCAGGAGCUUAAACAAAAUAGUUUUGUUAGAAAAUGCAACCGAGUUAAGAAGAUGUGGUAUGACACAUUGUGAAGGGAUAGAGUGCGUGGUUGAGUUGGACUCAUCCUCUGCCUCCUCAUUAUGUUGUCCAGUACUCGAUAAGCUUGAAUGGCUGUAUAUUGAUCAUUUUCCCAAGUUGUGUGUGCUUGUGAAAGUGGAAGGAGUAGCAACACCACCGUGCAUCUUCUCCAAUCUUAAAGUGCUUUAUAUAGAUGAUUGCAGAAAAAUGAGGGAGUUGCUUCCACUUGAGCUACUGCAGGCCCUUCAAAACUUAGAGGAGAUUAAAGUUUGGAAUUGCACAGAAAUGGAGGAGAUAAUAGCAUCAUCUGAUAAUUUCACUUUCACUUUUCCGAAGUUAAGGAUGUUGGAGUUGGUUAACUUACCCAAAUUGAAGAGCAUCUGCAGUGCCAAAGGAGUGAUGAUUUAUGAUUCUAUUGAAGAAAUUAAAAUAAGCACAUGUCCGGAGUUAAAGAAGAACCCUUUUCAGCUUCCCCUGCUUGAUAAUGGCCAACUAUCUCCUCCUCCUCGUCUCACAGCAAUCAAGAUUCAUAGAAUAUACUCAGAAGGAUGGUGGGAAUCAGUGGAGUGGGAUCAUCCCAACGCAAAGAACCUUCUUCAACCUUACUUGAAAUAUUAUCGUUGAUUGAGGGUAAGGUGUUAAUUGAUUUACUACCAUUUAUUUCUAAUUUGAAUUUGAUUUGAUAAUAUAUUACAGUAAGUUGU